UGGGCCAUCAAUAGCAGAAGGGCCCAUGUUGGUUACUGCUGCCGCAUCCACUGGGCUCCGUCCUGCCCUGGAGAAGGAGGGGUGCCGAACCCCCAAACCCCUCACACCCCCAAGCCACGAGAGCAGCCGCGGGCGUGGCCUAAGGGCUGCCCACCAGGUGGCUCGGGCAAAGGCCUGGCCCGAUUGGGCCACGGGGCCGCUUGUUCCGUCAGCCAAUCAGAUGCCUGAGGUUUCCGUUGGUGCCGCCCACCUUCUGGCUGGUCCUCGCGAUGGUGCUAGAGCUCUACCUGGACCUGCUUUCCCAGCCUUGCAGGGCGGUCUACAUCUUCGCCAAAAAGAACAACAUCCCUUUCAUGAUGAAGCCUGUGGAGAUGUUGAAAGGGCAACACUUCACUGAGGAAUUUAACAAGGUGAACAUCCUAAGAAAAGUGCCUGUCCUGAAGGAUGGAGACUUCAUCCUAGAAGAGAGCACAGCCAUCCUUCUCUACCUGACCCGGAAGUACAACACACCCAGCUACUGGUACCCGCCUGAUAUGAAAAAGCGAGCCCGUGUGGACGAGUACCUGGCCUGGCAGGUCAGCACCAUUCGGGCGGGCGCGUCCAAAAUCCUCUGGCUCAAGGUGGUGAUCCCGCUCUUCGUAGGCCACCAAGUGUCCCCACAGAAGCUCUACGAAGCCAUGGAGGAGCUGAACCUCGCCAUCCAGAAGCUGGAGGACAAAUUCCUGCAGGAGAAGCCAUUCCUCAUCGGCCCAGAGAUCUCCUUGGCCGACCUGGUGGCCGUCGUGGAGCUGAUGCAACCCUUCGGAGCCAGCUGCGACAUCCUCGAGGGUCGCCCCAAACUCCAGGAGUGGCGCAAAAGGGUGGAGCUGACGUUGGGCAAGGAGCUCUUCAUGGAAGCCCACAACCGGAUCCUGAACCCCCAGGAACUGAAGAGCAUCGUCAUUGACCCGCCCCUGAAAGCCCAGAUGAAGCCGCUGCUCUUGAAGAUGCUGAAAUAAACAUGGGGACCGACCAGUGGGGCUCCCCCUGCCCCCACCCGUUUGAUCUCACCUUGCAACCUCCCCCCCCCUCCACACACACGGGUUUCAGGCUUGGCUUCCAAUCAUCCUUGCUCCAAGCUCCUUUCCUUAUUGCCUGGCCCACCUCAAGCAGGGAUAAUUCCACUUGGCCUAAGUAUAUUGCCAUCUUCAUCGGGGGCUUCUGAGGAACUCCACCCCCCACCCACCCCCCAGUUACCUUGGGGGAAGCCCAGAUUCUGAACGAGGGCUGCAACACAGUUUCAGAAGGAAUCUAGUACUUUUGCCCACCAUGGAUGUUAAAACUGCAAAUUCUUCGUCCUCAAAUUGUCCGUUGUCCACAAUUCUUUAGGAAGUGUAUAUCGUAAAAGCAUUAACAGAAUAAAGUCCAGUGAUGAAUUAAGAUAAAAUGAUUAGUCAGUAAUGUUCAAUAUAUACACCACACAUACCACAGGGGAACAAGGGGCUUCCAAAUUCUAACUCCCAAAGAUUUUUCCAGCACUUGGGAAUGGAAGCCUCAACUGGUCCAGGAAGUCUCUCCUCCCCCAGCAGGCGAGAAACUGGCAUCUCACGGGAUGGGGGGCAUCUGGGUGUGUGUGUGGGGGGUGUGUGUGCAGAGGCCCUGAGCCAAGGCAGCUUUCCAGGCUUCGGGCCGGGCCGGGCCAUGAACCGGGUCUGAUCUUGCGUGUGAUCAGAUUGGGAAGUUCUCUGCUGACCUGGUUUAGACAGACAUGUCCUAUCAUGCGGCAGUGAUCCAAAGAGGGUUAACGGGGCAGUGGCCCCUCAGCCCAGCAGGGCCUUUGAGGAGAUACGUGCGAGUGGACGUGAAGCAAUCUGGCCCGCUUCAAAGCCCGCCAAAUGAUGCACCUGAACCUUUAGGGCAGGAGAGGGCAGUCUGUGUCCCGUCCCGUCCCCUCCCCGGCUCAAGUUCGAGUCUGGCGUUAACCUUGAUUCCUGGCAAAUAUGAAUGUUGUGGUUUCUGAAAAAUGGUUGCCAGCUAGUCCACAGCAGGAAACAAACGAAAACUAAAAAUGCAACCCCCAAUUCUCACCUGUGGCCUCAGAAAACACUGCACGAUCCCUGCCCACCAACCUCUCCCACACAGCAGCUUCUCCCACUUUCCAUCAUCCCCAUUGUCCCCCCAUCCCAACCCCCAGUGUGCCUUCACCCCAAGCUAUUAACCCUCCUGCAGGACAACAGGUAGGCAGGUGAAGGGAUAGAAGAAGCAGGGAUCUUCACAGGCCAUAGGAGGUGCGGUGAAGCUGAUGAGAAGAACACAAGACCUUUUUUUCCACAACUUUGCCCAGAGCUCAAGACUUGCUCUAGGCUGGGAUCCCCCUUGAAUCUCUGCCUCGGUUGUUCACUCUGGGAAGCAGGGCACUGAAACCACCUGAUUGCAAAGGGAAUCUGAACAGGAGAGACACACAGAGCUCGAACAAGUUACAGUUAUUUGGUUUAUUUUUAAUUUAGCAGGAAAAGCCUGCAUGGUGGAGUUCUUAUUGAUCAAAUAUGAAGUUGCUGCUCCUCAGGAAAAGGUGUUUCUUGCCUUUAAACCAGUGGUCAUCAACUGGUGGGGCCGGGGACCACUGGUGGUCCGUGAGAAAAUUUUGGUGGUCCGCAGAUAAAUGUCCCCCCCCCCAAAGCAAUUAAUCCAGGCUGCACGGGAAUACAAGGCUGUGCUGCUUUUUGCACGUUGCACCACCUGCAAAUUUGCACAUUGCACGUGCCACCCCCUGCGGCUGAGAUUUCCAACCCCACCAUGAGCCAGUCCCAUAUUCCA